CCUUUCAAUGUUAUGAUGUACCCAGCUGGUCCUGGAUCUGGUGACUCCCCAGAGGGCUUCCCGGAACAACCGAGGCUCCAGUCACAAAUUGGAAAUCACACAGCUCAGCCACUGGAUGCUUUCUUCACAUGUCGAAAAAAUGUCCUUCUGGCGAAGAGCUCGUCCCCCCAGGUAGAAGGCAACUUUGCCAUGGCCCCUCGGGGCCCCGACCAGGAGGAGUGUGAGGGCCUGCUGCAGCAGUGGCGAGAAGAAGGGUCAAGCCAGGUGCUCUUGACUGUGAGCGACGGUCCACUUGUAGAUAAAGGACUAGCCCAGAGCAGCCUGGCACUCCUGAUGGAUAAUCCUGGAGAACAGGAUGCUGCUUCAGAAGACAAGUGGUCCAGCAGGCAGCUGAGUGACCUGCGGGCAGCAGAGAACCUGGAGGAGUCUUUCCCUGAGGUGCUAGGAGAGGAGCCACUGCCAGAAGUUGAGGGCCCAGUGUGGACAGCUGUCCCAAUGCAGACUGGCCCCCAGUAUGUGGACAGUGUUGUCCUCCCAGUGGGUGCCCUGGCCACAGAGCAGUGGGAAGAGGACCCUGCAGUGGUGGCCUGGAGCAUAGGACCUGAGCCUGUGCCCGCCCAGGAAGAGGCUCCUAUCUGGACCUUUGAGGGCCUAGGGCAGCUGCAGCCUCCCCCAAUGGAAGUCCCAUAUCAUGAAAUCUUAUGGCGAGAAUGGGAGGAUUUCUCCACUCAGCUAGACGCUCAGGGUCUGGAGGCAGGGGAUGGCCCUCAGUUCCAGUUCACUCUGAUGUCCUAUAACAUCCUGGCUCAGGACCUGAUGCAGCAGAGCUCAGAACUCUAUCUGCAUUGCCACCCGGACAUCCUCAAUUGGAACUAUCGCUUUGCGAAUCUCAUGCAGGAAUUCCAGCACUGGGACCCCGAUAUCUUGUGUCUCCAGGAAGUCCAGGAAGAUCAUUACUGGGAACAGCUGGAGCCCUCUCUGCGAAUGAUGGGCUUUACCUGUUUCUACAAGAGGAGGACCGGGUGUAAGACAGACGGCUGUGCUGUCUGCUACAAGCCCAAGAGAUUCCGUCUCCUCUGCGCCAGCCCUGUGGAGUACUUUCGGCCUGGCUUAGAGCUCCUCAAUCGGGACAACGUGGGCUUAGUGUUGCUGCUGCAGCCACUAGUCCCAGACGGCCUGGGGCAGGUUUCAGUGGCUCCCUUAUGUGUGGCAAAUACCCAUGUCCUGUACAACCCACGCCGGGGUGAUGUCAAGCUGGCCCAGAUGGCCAUUCUCUUGGCUGAAGUGGACAAAGUGGCUAAGCUGUCAGACGGCAGCCACUGCCCCAUCAUCUUGUGCGGGGACCUGAAUUCUGUUCCUGAUUCACCUCUUUACAACUUCAUCAGGGAUGGAGAGCUCCAGUACCAUGGGAUGCCGGCCUGGAAGGUAUCUGGACAGGAAGACUUCUCCCAUCAGCUUUACCAGAGGAAGCUGCAGGCCCCCCUAUGGCCCAGCUCCCUGGGCAUCACUGACUGCUGUCAGUAUGUCACCUCCUGUCACCCAAAGAAACAAGAGAGACGUAAGUAUAGCCGAGACUUCCUACUACGUUUCCACUUCUGCAACAUCGCCUGUCAGCGACCUAUAGGACUGGUGCUUAUGGAAGGAGUGACAGAUGCUAAGCCAGAGCGACCUGCUGGCUGGGCUGAGUCUGUCCUUGAGGAAGACACAUCGGAGCCUGAGCAUGACUUCCCCAGGACUGUAGGCACCAUCCAGCACUGCCUCCACCUGACCUCAGUAUAUACUCAUUUCCUGCCCCAGCAUGGCCGCCCAGAGAUCACCACAAUGCCCCUGGGUCUUGGAAUGACAGUAGAUUACAUCUUCUUCUCGGCUGAGUCCUGUGAGAAUGGAAACAGAACUGAUCGCAGGCUGUAUCAGGAUGGAACUCUCAAGCUCCUGGGCCGUCUCUCCCUCCUCUCUGAAGAGAUUCUCUGGGCUGCCAAUGGCUUACCCAACCCCUUCUGCUCUUCAGACCACCUCUGCCUACUGGCCAGCUUCGGGAUGGAAGUCACCGCCCUGUGACGGGCUCCCAGGGCAAGAGAGCUUUUCCAGAAGAGCUCACAGGAUCAGAGACUGUGGAAAUACCCCAUGCUUCUGGAAACUUAGAUCCAAGACACUUAUGUCCCUUCCCCUUCCCCUCUUUGUUCCCUUUUCCCCAUGGUUAGAUUUUCUCCAGGCCUGUCCACAUUCUCUGCCUGUGGUCCCUGCUCUGCCCCAACCUCUUCCUAAUCCUGUGCCACAUACUUGGUGGCCCUGGGAGAGGCAGAAGGGGAGGUUCCCCCUUCCUUCCAUGUAUCCAGCACUCCCCCUUGAUUUUUAAUUACCAGGGUUGCGGGAGCUAUUGAUCUCAUUGAUUAUUUGUUUUCAGGUGGUUUCUUGGUGGUGCCUUCUGACCCGACCUUCUCCCUGCCUGAGACCUCUGGGCCCAGCCCUCUUGCCAGACGUACACAUGUGAGAUGUGUGUCAUGUGUAUGCGUCCUCUGAGGGUGGGACUACUCUGUGGCCAUGCCUGCCUCUGACUAGCCCGCUUACCAUACUAGGGCUGUCGGCCUAGGGGCAGGCGGAAGGCACAAUCUGGUAGCUGUGUGCCACCAGGCAGCAGGAGGGACAUGGGCCCCUUCUCUCCUUUUACCUUCUGUUUCAUUAGGUGUUCAUCCUGCCAAACAGGGCACACUCAUCUGGGAACAAAUAGGCCCCACGACCUGGAGCAGCAGAUCCAGGGAUGUACUCCCUGCCCCAGCAGCCUCCGAGCCUCUGACCCAGAGCUCCCCACAGGCCUGGCAUGCUUUCUCUAGGGCUCGUCCCUUUCCCCAGGCUGCCCUGUGGAAGGCAAAAGUUUGAACUCCUGUGGGGGGGGGUGUCAGUGGACAUGGAUAGUGGUAUGAUGUUCAAAAUUCUUUAAGGAUGAGGAUAAAGACCUGUCAGGAGACUCCUGUCUUCCAGGGCCCUGCAGCCCGCAGGCCUGGGCAAGGGUGGGGGUCCCAGUGGGGGGAGAGUGGCAGGUGCUGCAGCGGCCUCAGCUGGAGCUCAGGACCUCAGGGGCUUGUUCUCUUGCCUCCGCACACCUCGGCCGCGGUUCUCUGUUCCUCUGCUCCCCCUGCUUUUUACUUUUGCUGCCUCCUCCAUUCCCUUCCUUUUUCCCCUAGAAAAGCCUGGUAUUUAGCUCAGGUUAAGCCUUCUCAGCAGAAAGGUAGCCUUGGGCAAAAGUAGCCCAAGAACUGGAGGUGGUGGUGCUUGAGGAUUGGCUCCAGCUGGCAGUGCCGUGGCUGCUCGCUGCCUCUGCUUCCCCUCUCCUGGCACACACACGUCACCUGCAUGCCUUAAUCUUUUAUUGCUGGGUGUGGUCUUGGGUGUUCCUGGGCCAGCUCCUCCUCACAUCUGCCAAAAUGCAGAGUAGCUGCUGGCCCUGCAGAUUUGACUUGCUGUUGGCCCACUCAGCCUCCAGAAAGGGGCUGGAGGGAAUGGCUGGAGUUAGGGACAGUUAGCCAGAGGUUAAUGUUUUCUCUCUCUUUUUUUUUUUUUUUGAGAGCCAAAGAACCAGCUUGAAUUCUGCUGCUGCAUUCGUGGUUAUAAGCUUUCCAUGCCUAGGUUCUGGGGAAUUUAUCUAUGCAUGUAUAUUUUUAAACAUUGUUUCCUGGGUACUGGGCAUGUGCCUGUCUGAGCCCCAGGCCUGUCUGUCCACAUCCCACCAUCCACUGUUUGUCUUUCCCUGGGCAUCUCCUGAGAUGAUCUCAAGAUAGUGCCCUAUUGGUUCCUAGGGCUCAUCACUCUUCUCUUCUGCCAGGAAAUGUAGUUUAAAAAUGGCUAAAUAUGGCAGAGGACAGGAGCUUGAUAGAUGAUCUUUUCCUUGUUAUUUGUUUGUUUUGGAAAUGAAAGGGGUUUUAAAUGGUUACUUGAACUCUCUUUUCCAAAUAAAGGUUUUCCUUUCCCCCUAACUGUUGGUCAUUUUAUUAGGAUGUGGGAGAGGGAAGACCUGGAGAAUGAGGUGGGCAGAGAGGAAGAGACUGAUCCUGGGGUGGAGCCUCUUAUCCUAGAUCUAGACCAGAGAAAUGGGUUGCCAUCUCCCUCUGGUAAUAGGCAGGUGCCCACUGCUCUGUGGCCUGGGAGGAACAGGGCUUUGAGCAAAGCCUCCUGCCCUGUUGGGGACAUCUCUCUUUUCCAUCCUCGCCGAGCUAGAGGAAAACAGCGCUUUGAGCUGCAUUCAUUCUUCCUCCAUCUGCUGCCCCCAUACCUCCCCUGUCUGAACUGAGCUGCAUUUCAGGAGGGUCUGUGCCAAAAGCGGGGCGUGAAGUGUGUUCCCGGUCAAAGCUUCAGCAGCUGCAUGAGUCAUGAUGUGUGUGGCAGAUGCCUCUUGCUGCGCGUCUAUUUCUAAUCAUCUCUUGCAUUCUGGAGCCAGGGCUGAGCUGUGGGCCAUCUGUUGCUGGAAGGGUUUCUCUUCCUUCCUGGGCCUUACUCUGCUGGGACUUCUGCCUUCCUCCAGCCUCUUAUUCAGCAAGUCCAAGCCCCUGUGUCUGUGGGAAAAAGCCCUGAGACCAAGUGUGGUUUUCUACCUUACCUGAACAGAGUCCCAGAUCCCACACCUCGGAAUCAGUGUCUGGGAAUCUGGAUUAUUUAAAGCUACCUGGGUAGCAGUUGAACCACCUGGGUUGGGAUUCAGCAGAAUGAAAAUUUAGCCAGGGAUUAGGAACACCACUUGUCAUCUUGACCAGGUCACUUGGUGACUGUGGGUAAGUUAACCCCUCCCUAUGUUUCAGUUCACAUAUCUUGGUGAAAUGGAGAUUAAAAUAAUAUUCUUUUCCGCUUGUAAGGAAGUUUCAGAUCUGAAACUACUUGUUUGGGCUUUGACAAGCAAGGGAUGCUACAAAUCCCAGAGUAUUGUCGGUAAUUACAGUAACUGGUAAUUACUGCUAACAAUUGGAAGUGAAGGUGGGUAGUUCUCCCCAGUCUGAACAACUGGCCGCUGGGAAUUAUUUUAUAGCUCCUAAACUUUGAGGUGCAUCCCCAGAGACCCCUUUCCUGGCCUGGAGGGCUUCCUCCCAGUGGGUGAGUCACACAGCAUGUGCCUGGGACUUUGAUGAAUGGUUUCCAGAGCACCUCCACUUCCACUGUCACUAGACAGUGGCACUAUGAGGUUGCUUUUCAGGUGUUCAUAUCUUACCUUUACAUCUGGGGAAACGGAGACCCCAAAGAGGUAAACUGAGAAUCUCCUUUGCUUUAUUUCUUGCCACCCUAGCUCCUCAGAACACAGCCUUUUCUGGGAGUAGGAGAGAGGUUGUCCUGUAAGGCAGAUAACUGGGCCUGGGCCUGGGCCUGGGAGAAGGGAAAUGACUAACCAGACCACUGCUGGCUUGUUGUUCUGUUUUUAAAUCCUGUUUUGUUCUUCUCUCCAGUUCUUGCCCUGGUGUAGCUACCAACUAGAGGACUGUUUCCUGAUGGGUUACACAAAGCACAGUGUGGCUUCUCUUCUCCAGGAAGCAGGAGGGGCCCGCCUCCUCUAGUUGCCACCAGGGGGAGAACCGCCCUGUGGCCCUACAGUUCCACACUCGUCCAGGUGCACCACUCCUGCUGUUUCUCUCCCCAACAAAUGGGCAAAACAAAACUGUCCCAGGCAAGGGCCAGCCAGAUGAGAGCCUGGUAAGGUGCAGAUCUCGCUGGGGUUAGGAGAGUGUGACCUCAAUGCGUUUGGAAGGGAACUCCGACUUUUGCCCCAUCCCUAGUCAGCUCCUGUGCCCAGAAGGCCCGAGCCCUUAUGCAACUGUGGAGAAGGGUGGAGUCUCCACACUUAACAUUCUUGGGGGUUUUGUCUUUCCCACGACUGAGUCCUUUCUGGCUGGGUGCUGGAGGGAGUGCACAUUCCCAUGUGGACUGUCCCUCAGCACACCUGAGGGGGCCCAUCACCACCACCUGCCAGGCCUCAGCGGGCCCCUCACCCCCUUUGCAGACACUGUAAGGCUUACCAGGCAGCUCGCAUCCUGGCCAGUUGGCUUGGUCUUCGGUAUGACCAUCACUUCCUGUCACUGCCCUUCACAGUAGUGGUCAAGAUGUCAGAUCCUGGCAGAUGCGGCGCAGAGCUUCAACCUCUUCGUGCCCUCUGAGAGGUGCCACAGCAUCCACGGGUCCAACCCAUAUCAGUCAUGUGCCUAAAUUAGGCAGGCACAUGCUGUGAGCGUGGAAGAAGGGAGCAGAAGGAAAUGGGGUAGGUAAUCCCCCUGGUAAGCUGGGCUCUGGCCCUCGCAGGAGUCCAAAAUGGCACUUAACCUCUGCAUCAAUUCUAAAAAAGUGGCUAAGUGGUGUCCGCGGUGAGCCUAGUUGACUCGUGACAGACUCGCCGUAGCACUUAACCAGCCCUCGUUUGUACAAGAGCAGUCCAGGGGCCCACCACGUAUAAGCCCAUCUCACUGAAGCCAAGCCACAAGGCCCUUUACCUGGUACUUUAGUGGGACUUAAAGUGUAAAUUUUUUUUUUUUGAAGGGGAGGUAAUUAGAUUUAGUUGUUUAUUUUUUGGAGGAGGUACUGGGGAUUGAACCCAGGACCUUGUGCAUGCUAAGCAUGUGCUGUACCACUUGAGCUAUACCCCCCACCCCGAAUGUGUAAAUUUAACACUGCCUUUGUGUAAAGGUGUAUAGUCCAAGUUAUUCAAAAACUCUGGGUUACCUUUAUUGAAAGCUGUUUUUUGGUAUUGUUUAAGCUGGAUUUAAAUGAAUCUAUAAAUA